AUGAGUGGACUUGUCAGCUACGAAAGCAGUAGCGAUGAAGAAGAGCAGAUCCUCCCCAAAGCCACACCUAGUAUACCAUCCAAGGGAAAAUCACCCGAGUCCGCAAUUCCAGCUGAUGACCCCUCCAGUAACGGCAUCAAUAAUGCAUUGCCAACUCUAAAAUCAAGCGAGCGGGCAGAUGGGAUCACAAACGUCGACAAUGGGCCAAUGCUGGGUCCCACGAGGCCCGCUCAAAUACACAACGACGACGAUAUUCUUGAGCAUCAGGACCCCUCGGCAGAAGGCUCCCAACAACACAUGUCCGAACGCGAAACUAUUCACUUGCUUACACAGGCCACCCAUCCCAUGACGGCUAUUCCGCCCUCGCCCCCAGGAUCGCCUGAUCCGGCACUCGAUGCUAAAUUCAAACACUUUUUGGAGCUCAAGGCCAAAGGUGUGCAUUUCAAUGAAGACCUCGCGAAUAAGUCUACGUUUCGCAAUCCCGGGUUGCUGGCUACGAUGAUGGCUCGAGCCGGAGUGGAAGGCGAUGACCAGUACAGAACUUCUCUGCCACGGGAGGUCUGGGAUCCUUUGGGGUUUCCUCCGGUGGCAUACAAAGAGGAACUACUGCGAAGUCAGCAAACCUUACGCGAGCAGGAAUCCAACAGCAAGAAAAGCCUAUCAGCUGCUGGGAAGAGAACGAUCGAGUUCACCUCAGGUGGUCUGUCUGGCACAUCCAGCAGAGAGUCGACUCCCGGAACGGCCAGCAAACGGAAACGACCUGGGUAA